CUGCGUGCAUCUUAGGCAUCGUUCUUACCGAACGCUAGUCUGGGCGUGAAGCUGGUUCGUUUCGUAGAGGUUUCUUCUCUUCUCUGCUGUUGGAUUCUUCAUUUCUCCGUUAGCUUCUUUCUUCUGUAUCAGUGAGAGAGCAAUGUCAGAAACCAAUGUUGAGGAUGUCAAUAAACAGGAGAUUGCCGAUACUACGCCUACAGAUCAAAUUGAUUGUGACAAUCCUGUUGAUGAUCUGAAAGGUUCUGAUAAAAAUGAUGAGAAGUCCAUGCCCUCGCCCCAGCAGGAGGAAGAAGUUAUCAAGAAAAAGUAUGGUGGGAUAUUGCCAAAGAAGCCUCCCCUAAUAUCCAAGGACCAUGAACGUGCUUUUUUUGAUUCUGCUGAUUGGGCUCUGGGAAAGCAAGGAGCACAAAAGCCUAAAGGACCCCUUGAAGCACUGCGUCCGAAGUUGGAGGUGAUGGUGGCAAUAAUGAUGCUUCUCCGGAGGACCAAAGUGCCACUGGAGAAGUUGUCAAUGGCAACAGUACUACAGCCAACAACUAAAGCUGUGGGUGUACUGGAGAUGGAUUACAUUUGACAAAGUGAGGCUUUUCCAUCUGAAUAUAGAAAGCACUUGAGCAUAUGCUUAGAGUUUGCUUGUUUUCAUAACUGGAAUAGGGAACGUUGAAGUAGCUAUGGCCAUGGAUCAUAUAUAUACUUCCUUACUGUGAGAUCAUGACUUGAUAAGAUUGCAUCCAUUGUGCAAUCAUACAUCCAUGAAGACAUAUGUUGAGUUGCUCAUGCUCACUGGAUAGAGUGAUUAGCAGAGUAGGGGCAUAAUGGGGAACAUAUUUUUUUUCUGGGGGGGAUUCCCUUUCUAAUUAUAGAUGAAGUUAUUAAUUCUUACUUUAAAUUCUUGCUUUCUCGCAGUUCUUAUACCUCUUUUAAACAUGCAGUCGAAUCGUCUAUGGCUAAAAAAUU